AUGCAGUCUCUCCGCCAACCUCUGACCCGCGCCCUGCGCAGCGCCCAACCCUCCCUCACCCGCUCCGUGGGUCCAGCGACCUAUGCCACCAUCUCUCCCAGCGAAGCACCCGGACAGCCUACGGGCUACGCAAAGACCGGCCUGAAUCUGCGCGUGACGAAAGACACCAAGGUCCUCUUCCAGGGCUUCACUGGCAAGCAGGGCACCUUCCACGCCCAGCAAGCCAUUGAGUACGGCACCAAUGUCGUUGGCGGAACAAACCCGAAGAAGGCCGGCAGCGAACAUCUGGGCAAGCCAGUCUUUGCAAAUGUCGAGGAGGGCAGGAAAGCAACAGGCGCAGAUGCCAGUGUCCUCUUCGUGCCACCUCCACUUGCUGCUGCAGGUAUCGAGGAGGCUUUGAAGGCCGAGAUUCCGCUGGCCGUCUGCAUCACUGAGGGUAUCCCACAACACGACAUGGUGCGCAUAACGGAUAUGCUCAAGACACAAGACAAGACGAGACUGGUUGGACCAAACUGCCCUGGAAUCAUCGCCCCCGGCCAAUGCAAGAUGGGUAUCAUGCCAGGCUUCAUCCACAAGCGCGGUCGCAUCGGUAUCGUCUCUCGAUCCGGAACUCUCACCUACGAAGCCGUCAACCAAACUACCCAAGCCGGUCUGGGCCAAUCCCUCGUCAUUGGUAUUGGUGGUGACCCAUUCUCUGGCACCAACUUCAUCGACUGUCUCCGUGUCUUCCUCGCUGACGAGGACACCGAUGGUAUCAUCAUGAUUGGAGAGAUUGGUGGUUCGGCAGAGGAAGAUGCUGCGGACUUCUUGAAAGAGUACAACACCAGCGGCAAGGACGGCAAGGGCAAGCCAGUUGUCAGCUUUAUUGCAGGUAUCUCUGCGCCUCCCGGCCGGAGAAUGGGACACGCUGGUGCCAUUGUGAGCGGUGGAAAGGGUGGCGCUGAGAGCAAGAUCUCGGCGCUCGAGGGUGCAGGCGUUGUUGUUGAGAAGAGCCCAGCCAGCUUGGGCAAGACGCUGAGAGAUCAGUUCAUCCAGCGGGAUCUGCUAUAG